AUAUAACAAGUCGACAACCACUCGUCCUAUAUCCCAUUUUCAACUUCUAAAACUGCUCAAGAAAAAACUUCAGCUUUCUGGAAUGAGCAUGGCUUGUAAUUUGUGUUUUAGUUUGCACCUUUUUCUUCUACUUGUUCUUGCAAUUUUCGUUCAGCUUGGAACCUCUGGCUCAAAGGUAGAAGUGCUUCCUGGCUUUGAAGGACCUCUUCCUUUUGAACUUGAAACUGGGUAUGUGGGAUUGGGAGAAACCGAUGAUGAUAUGCAAGUGUUCUAUUAUUUUGUUAAGUCAGAGAAUAACCCUCAGAAAGAUCCUCUUAUUUUAUGGCUAACUGGAGGUCCUAGUUGUUCUUCAUUUACGGGUCUUGCCUUUCAAAUAGGUCCAUUUGCAUUCAAAAUUGAGGAGUAUGAUGGGAGCAUACCAAAGUUGAUCUUGAGGCCGCAGUCUUGGACGAAGGUAAGUAGCAUUAUUUUUGUAGAUUUGCCUUUCGGAAGUGGCUUCUCAUAUGCAAAAAAUCUCACUGCUCAAAGGAGUGACUGGAAAUUAGUUCACCAUACCCACCAAUUCCUUAGAAAGUGGCUGAUUGAUCACCCAGAAUUUAUUUCAAAUGAAUUUUACAUGGGAGCUGAUUCAUACUCUGGCAUUCCUACCCCUGCUGUUGUUCAAGAAAUUUCAAAUGGAAAUGAAAUAGGACUCCAACCACACAUAAAUCUCCAGGGAUAUUUGCUAGGGAACCCCACGACAACACGAAAAGAAAAAAAUGAUCAAAUCCCAUUUGCUCAUGGAAUGGGACUUAUUUCUGAUGAGCUCUAUGCGUCACUACAGAGAAAUUGCAAAGGAGAGUAUACAAAUGUAGAUUCCAUAAAUGAAUUAUGUUUAAGAGAUCUCAACUACUUUGAUAAGUGCCUUUUAGGAAUUAAUAUGUAUAACAUUUUGGAUCGUUAUUGCGAAGAUGAUUCGCCUAAGAAACAUGAAUCUUUGUGGAGGAGAUCAUUGAAUCAAAAGUUUGAGGACUCUCUUAAUUCUCAUCUCAGAGUGCCAGACACAAGAUGUCAAAUUUAUGGUUUUUUCCUUGCCACAAAAUGGGCCAAUGAUGAGAGUGUUCAGAAGUCGCUUCAUAUUCGAGAGGGAACUAUAGACAAAUGGGAACGUUGUUACACUUCUGAUUUUAAGCAUCAGAUCUCUAGUAGCUUUGAGUUUCAUGUAAAUCUCAGUGUAAAAGGCUACCAUUCUUUAAUAUAUAGUGGGGAUCAUGAUGCAGUUGUUCCUUUCAUGUCAACUGAAGCAUGGAUUAGGGCUCUAAACUACUCCAUUGUGGAAGAUUGGAGACCAUGGCUUGUAGAAGGACAAGUUGCAGGGUACACAAGGAGUUACUCGAAUAAAAUGACAUUCGCAACUGUGAAGGUAUAAGAGCAUUUAAUUUAGACAAGUUCAUUGAUCCGUGUGAUGCACAAAAAUAUGAAUAAUAAUUUAAAAAUGGGUAGUUUAGAAUAAAAAUGUAA